CUGGGUUUUUAUACGUGUGGCGGAUGGGCGGACAUAGAUGGCGAAGGCUUCCCAAGGGGCCCCUCCCUACUGUGGUAAUCAGCACCCUUUACUCCCCCCGUGCUACACCAGUGCACUCAUCUGCCAGUUGAAUAAGUUACCUUUCUUAAAACUGAUCCCAUCUAAUGUAACAGUCCAGACUUAAAACAAAAGAGUCUGAGGAUGAAGAUCACUGUGCUGGGAGCUACGGGGCAGACUGGUCAGUAUCUGGUCAACCAGGCGUUGCAGCAGGGUCACACAGUGACCGCCAUUGUUAGGAACCCGUCCAAACUCAGUGUGCAUCAUGGCGAUCUCAAGGUGGUGGAGGCUGAUAUUUUCUCAGCGGACAGCCUGAAGCCUCACUUUAAGGGUCAGGAUGUGAUCAUGUCCUGCCUCGGCUUCCCGACCUCCUUCUUCUCUGCAGUGACGGGUUACACCCUCUCUAUGAAAAGUGUGGUCAGUGCCAUGCGAGAGGCCCGAGUCAGCAGGAUCAUCACCAUGACCUCCUGGUACACCGACCCCGACUCUGGAACAAAGUCGUCUUAUCUCAUCCGCUUCCUCCUGCUGCCGAUGAUCCGAAGCAUCCUCACCAACAUGUAUGAGAUGGAGCAGUUUCUGCAAAAGACUGACGACAUCAACUGGACUGUUGUUCGCCCACCAGGCCUCAAGAAUCUGGCUGCUUCAGCCCAAGAGUUUCUGACGCACGAGGGAUACUUUGUUCCUGACAGCAGUGGUAACCCUAUAGGCAGCGCAGUGGGUCGAGGGGAUGUGGCUCGCUUCAUGCUCUCUCUGCUCAACAGCAACGCAUGGGUCAAGAAGGGAGUCGCAAUCACCACAAAGUGAGAAAGAGGACAUGAGAAAGGGCCAGCAAACUGGUGAUAUCAAGCCAUGUUUUCUUUAGAUUUUAUGCAUUAGAUGUCAGUCUUUUAUAAUAAGAAAGGAUAAAAUGAAAUGUGAACAUGGUCUCACACAUGGUCUGUGUUAGUUACACACAUAGAGAUAUACUCCCAGGACUCCGCUGCACCCUUUUGCUAUACAGGGCUUUUAUUGUGUCUUCUGCUAAUUAUUUUGGAUUCACUAUCCACAAUUUACCGCUCCCUUAUGGCUCUAGACACUGUUUAGUGGGAAAUGAAUUAAAUCCCUUUUACUUUAUAUUCUGCCUGAAACAGAUGACAGAACAGCUGAAGAACACUAUUUCCCCUCAGUUUGUUUUCCACAAGCUAAACUUUUUUAAUCACCUUAAUGUGCAACUGCUUGUGAGUGAAAAGAUCUCUUUAUUUCUUAUUUAACCAUAUCAGUUUUUUUAUCAAAGAAAAAAUCCCCAUGGAAACUCUCAAUUGCACACUUAGGAAAUUAUAAAGCCAAGAGAAAUUUCUUUAUAAAAAGUUUAUUUUUUAGAUCUGUUAACUCCACAAACUAAAUUCAGCUCACCUCCAUUCUAUGUUAAUGACAGUACAAAUAAAGUGGAUUAACAUUUACAAUAUUUACAUAGGUACAUAUGACACAUUCCAAGAAGAAGUGUUCCUAUUUCAUUGAGAUAAACUGUCCCUUAAACCAUCUGCUGCAGGAUAUCAUGAAGAAACUGCCUUACAUGAUAUAGACCAUGAAAUAAAUGCCUUUUAAUAACUCUUGCUUAACAUAUUUCUGUUUUUAUACUUUUGAAAACCUUCAUUUAAAAGUGUAACAUCUUAUGUUGCUGUUGCUCAGUUUUUGUGAUGUGCACUUUCACAUUAGUUGUAGCCACAUGGGGGCAGUGUUCUGCCAUAUCUGCUGGUUAAAAGAGCUUGUCUGCCUGUUAUUACCUAGGUAGGAAUGAAAAAUAAGGCAGAAUGAAUGUUGCACCAUGUUUUCACAGAAGCACUUUGUAUCUCUCUGUGUGCUGUAUCCAUUCUGUUGAAUAAACACACAACAGUAAAACAGA